UUUUUUUUUUUUUUGGUGUUUAGAGAGCCACAAGGACUGGGGUGAGAAUCGAUUCCAAAUCUCUUGAAAUCGGGAGGAAAACACUAACCACUUGAACUAUCCCCAACUCUCACAAAAUUACCAUUUAUACUACUUAACAAUUCUGUUGUGGUAAAAUAACCUUAACUGUCAUUAACGGUCAUCAGAUUUCUAAAAUUGGUGAUUACUGAUUAGAUAUUUUGAGCAGCUUUAUGUUUCUACUACACAAAUUCUCACAUUAUCAGUUUACCUGUAUCUCCCGUCCUUCUGCUUAAACCCUCUCAAAACCCCCCAUUUUCAAUCACCAUUCUCUUUCUCCUUUAAAAAUGCCAAAACCCAUCUUCAAUUUCACCUGUCUUUGCUAAAAUUCCUCACUUUUUUCACCCAAAACCUUCAAUUUUCUAGAAUUAAUGGCUGCCACAAAACUCUUCUUCCUCCCAAUUUCAGAUUUCUGCUUCAAAUUGAGCUCACACCCUCAAUUAUCCACCAUCUCUAUCAACUUCAAAUGCCCGUGUCGCCGCCAUUGUCGUAAACCCCAAUUAUUAAUCUGCAAUGCUGUUUACACUGAAGGGGGUUCCCGGACCAAAUCAUCCUUUAGAAAGGAGAAGGUUUCUGACUCAGAAUUCGACCCGAUUACGGCCUUGAAUGAGAGAAUAAGGAGGGAUCAUGGAACCCGAGACACUACGAAACCGGCCUUGGAUUCUAAGGAGGCUGAGAAGUAUAUUCAGCUUGUGAAGCAGCAGCAGCAAAGAGGGUUGGAGAAAUUGAAAGGGAAAAAUAAGGAAGAGAAAGGAGGAGGAAAAGAAAGUGGUGGAAUUAGUUAUAAAGUUGAUCCUUAUACUCUAAAAUCUGGGGAUUAUGUAGUUCAUAAGAAAGUUGGUAUUGGAAGAUUUGUUGGGAUUAAAUAUGAUAUGCCAAAAGAUGGUUCUGAACCUAUUGAAUAUGUGUUUAUUGAGUAUGGAGAUGGUAUGGCUAAGCUUCCUGUUAAGCAGGCGUCGCGUAUGCUCUACCGAUAUAAUCUUCCAAAUGAACCAAAAAAGCCACGAACACUCAGUAAACUAAAUGACACAAGUGCAUGGGAAAAGAGGAGGACCAAAGGAAAGGUUGCAGUCCAGAAAAUGGUAGUUGACUUGAUGGAAUUGUAUUUACAUAGGCUUAAACAGAAAAGACCUCCGUAUCCAAAAUGUCUAGCAAUGGCUGAGUUUACUUCUCAGUUUCUUUAUGAGCCCACACCAGAUCAAAAACAGGCUUUUAUUGAUGUAGAGAAGGAUUUGACAGACAGAGAAACUCCAAUGGAUAGACUGAUAUGUGGAGAUGUUGGAUUUGGCAAGACUGAAGUUGCAUUACGUGCGGUCUUUUGUGUUGUUUCAGCAGGAAAGCAAGCAAUGGUUCUAGCACCAACUAUUGUGUUAGCCAAGCAGCAUUUUGAUGUGAUUUCUGAGCGUUUUUCCAUGUAUCCCAAUAUCAAGGUUGGACUUCUGAGCAGGUUUCAGACCAGAGGAGAAAAGGAGGAAUACUUGCGUCAGAUAAAAAAGGGUGAGCUGGACAUUAUUGUGGGAACUCAUUCACUUCUUGGAAAUCGCGUUGUUUAUAAUAAUCUGGGCCUUCUUGUAGUUGAUGAGGAGCAGAGGUUUGGAGUCAAGCAGAAGGAGAAGAUUGCUUCCUUCAAAACCUCAGUUGAUGUUCUCACACUGUCAGCGACACCAAUACCACGAACACUCUAUCUAGCUUUGACAGGGUUUCGUGAUGCAAGUUUAAUCUCAACACCUCCUCCAGAGAGAGUCCCGAUCAAGACACAACUCUCAGCUUUCAGUAAAGAGAAUGUAGUAUCAGCAAUUAAAUAUGAGCUGGAUAGAGAUGGCCAAGUCUUUUAUGUUCUCCCUCGUAUAAAAGGACUUGAGGAAGUCAUGGGUUUUCUUGAACAGUCCUUUCCAGAUGUUGAAAUAGCCAUUGCUCAUGGAAAGCAAUACUCGAAACAGCUUGAAGAAACAAUGGAAAGCUUCGCCAUUGGAAAAACUAAAAUUCUUAUAUGUACAAACAUAGUGGAAAGUGGAUUAGACAUCCAAAAUGCAAACACUAUAAUUAUUCAGGAUGUUCAGCAAUUUGGACUUGCACAGCUAUAUCAGCUGCGAGGAAGGGUUGGGAGAUCAGAUAAGGAAGCUUACGCGUACCUAUUUUACCCAGAUAAAUCUUUGCUGUCUGAUCAAGCACUGGAGAGACUUUCAGCCCUUGAAGAGUGUCGUGAACUUGGUCAAGGUUUUCAGCUUGCUGAAAGAGACAUGGGUAUUAGAGGUUUUGGUAAUAUAUUUGGUGAGCAGCAAACAGGUGAUGUAGGAAAUGUGGGCAUUGAUCUCUUUUUCGAGAUGCUUUUUGAGAGCUUGUCCAAGGUAGAAGAACACCGGAUUAGAUCUAUUCCUUAUCAAAAUGUUCAGCUUGAUAUAAAUGUCAAUCCUCAUCUCUCUUCUGAGUACAUAAAUUAUCUAGAGAAUCCCAUGGAAUUAAUAAAUGAUGCUGAGAAGGCAGCAGAGAAUGACAUCUUGAGUUUAGUUAAAUUUACAGAGGAUUUGCGGCGACAGUAUGGAAAAGAGCCUAACUCAAUGGAAAUUCUAUUAAAGAAACUCUAUGUGAAAAGAAUGGCAGCAGACCUUGGGAUUAGCCGAAUUUAUGUCAUUGGAAGGAUAGUUGGCAUGGAAACAAACAUGACUAAAGAUGUAUUCAGGAUGAUCAAGGACUCCAUGGCUUCUGAUGUUUUACGUAGUUCACUUGUGUAUGACAAUGGACAAAUUAAGACUGAACUACUUCUGGAGCUACCAAGGGAGCAACUUCUCAAUUGGAUCUUUCAGUGCUUAGGAGAACUGCAUGCUUCAUUGCCAGCCCUUAUCAAAUACUAGUGCUUUUGCAUAUGUGAUAUUGUUUCAUAGUUGGGAUUUUCGCUCACCUUAAAGGGCUGGCAGUAUGAAAAAACCAAGGGCUCACCGUGGCUUCAAUUGUCUUAACCCUCCUGUGUUCGAGAAGCUGGUGAUGAUAUUGAUCAAAGAAACAUUUAUAUAAAAAAAACAACCUUACACAGACAGUCUGUAUAUAGCAAGUUAUACUUGGCAGGAAAACCUAACCAGAAUCGCUGACCAGUAAAUGUAAGACACGGUAACAACCCACCUAGAUAUGUAGCUGUUUGCAGCAAAUUACUUCAUUACAAAGGAUGCAGGAAUCCAGUGGGUAAAAGGUGCAUCAGGGUUCUCUUUGGCCAAUCGUAACUGUUAUGUUUCUUUUUCACCCCAUUUUCUUCCGAUUUUCAGCUGGUAAAAUCUUGGAGUCUAAGAAGUAGGUUGGUGCUGCGAUAUUGCAAAUUAAUGGUCAUAAGAUCUUGCGAAUUGCAAAUCAAAGAGGGUGAUCUUCACUUGGUCCAAUUAAGCAUGAUUAUAUCUCAAGCAGAAAUAGAAGCAUUUUGAAAUAGAUAAACUUCUAUUUGGCUGUAAGUAGAUGGCCAAUUAUUUAUUUUUUUCAGUUAUUAGUGGCUAUCUGAUUCUUUAUGCUGAUUUGUAUAGAUGUUUGGUAGUCAUGAAAAUCGCUUAGCUGCUUGAUUGUAUAAAUGACAACUUAUUGAUAUGAUUUGUUGUUGAGUACCUUUAUCAAUAAAACUGGUGUAUUUUGGAUAAACUUACCUAUUGAUUCAUAAACUUACAAGUUAGAACCCUCCCAUGUGAAAAAGACCCAUACUUAAACC